AUGGAGUCACUCAAGGUGCACAACUCGCUGUCGCCAGGCCAGCCGGUGCCAUUCGACCCCAUUGAGAAGGGGAAGGUGUCCUGGUACGCCUGCGGUCCGACUGUCUACGACAAGAGUCAUCUGGGUCAUGCUCGCAACUAUGUGUCCACCGAUAUCAUCAGACGCAUCAUGAUGCACUACUUCAAGGCCGACCUCAAGUUUGUCAUGAACAUUACCGAUAUUGACGACAAGAUUAUCAUCAAGGCGAGGCGACAGCGCCUGCUCGAACUCGAGAAGAAGAAGACAUACUCCGAUGAUGAGCUCGCCAAGCUCGCCCUCGACGCCUUCCGCGCGUACGCACAAAAGUCACUGCCAGUCCUCGUCCAGGACAACGAGGCACUCGACGAGGACAACUACCUGGCGCGCCGAGAUGCCGCCUACGGCAAACCCGGCGACGACGAGGCCAAGGCCAAGAUGCACAUCAACAACAUGGACGCGGCGGCGUUUGCCAUUAAGGACAAGAAGGUUUUCCCCGGCGCCGACGAGAUUCUGCUGCCCUACCUCGACUCGCUGUACAAAGAGACCGUCGACACGAGCGACCAGACCAUGUUCACCGACCUCACACAGAGCAUGGAGCAGCUCUUCUUCGACGACAUGGACGCCCUCAACGUUCUGCGCCCUGAUGUCAUCACGAGAGUCACCGAAUACGUGCCGCAGAUUGCCGACUUUGUCGCUCGCAUCGUCGACAAGGGCUUCGCCUACGAGUCUGACGGCUCCGUCUACUUCGACAUCACGGCCUUCGAGAAGGCCGGCAACACAUACGCCCGUCUGCGGCCGGGCAACCGGAACGACAAGUCCCUGCAGGAGGAUGGUGAGGGCGCCUUGUCCAAGAACCUGGGAGAGAAGAGGAGCGACGGCGACUUUGCGCUCUGGAAAAAGUCCAAGGAAGGUGAGCCAUACUGGCCCAGCAGGUGGGGCAACGGAAGGCCGGGCUGGCACAUUGAGUGCUCCGUCAUGGCCUCUGAUAUCCUCGGCGCGCAGAUGGAUAUUCACUCUGGUGGCGUCGAUCUCGCCUUCCCCCACCACGACAACGAGCUGGCCCAGAGUGAGGCCUACUACUGCGAACAGGAAAAGGGCGAGCACACGUGGGUCAGGCACUUUUUGCACAUGGGUCACCUGUCCAUCUCUGGGUCCAAAAUGUCCAAGUCUCUGAAGAACUUUCAGACCAUCCAGGAUGCUCUGGCCACCAACUAUACGUCCAGGAGCAUGCGCGUUGUGUUCCUCUUGGGCAAGUGGAACGACGGCGUCGAGAUUUCUCCUGACAUGCGGGCGCAAGGUGCCAGCUGGGAAACGCUGGUCUCGAACUUCUUCGCCAACAUCAAGGCUCGCGUGCUUGACCAGAGCUCAGCGCCGUCCGAAGGCGUCAAGUCGCUCUCCGUGUCUGACGACACCCCCAAGAGUGGCUUGGCCGCUGAGCUCGAGAAGGCCAAGAAGGAGAUGCACGAUGCACUGUCCAACUCGUUCGACACCCCGCAAGCGAUGCGUAUCAUCCAGGACCUCAUCGGCACAGCCAACCUUCAACUCGCAGACGAGGACAGCGUGACGACCCUCGAGGCCAUCGCCCGCUGGAUCACGCAGAUUGUUGGCAUCUUUGGCCUCGAUGAGAAUGCGCAACCACCAUACAGUGGUAUCGGCUGGGUGGCUCAGCCCCUCGCUGCCGGCAGCGAUCCCAAGGAGGCUGUCAAGCCUUUGGCCAACGCGUAUGAAACCGUGGCUGCCGACGUCAAAGCGCUGAACCUGUCGUCCGAGUCGAUCUCGAGCCUUCUCGAGCAGCAGAACCCUGAAGCCGAGUUCAAGGCAGUCGUCGAUCGGGGCGUGAGGGACACGGAUCAGCUUGCCUACCCCUACGCCCGCGCUGUUUCGAGGUUGCGUGACGAGCUCCGCAAGGCCGUCUCAUCUGCCUCCCCCGAGUCAAAGAAGGCCAUUCUUACCUUGACCGACCGCAUUCGCGACGAUGACCUCACCAAUGUCGGCGUUUACCUUGACGACCGUCUCGAGGGCAAGCCAUCGCUGAUCAAGUUUGUGCCCGCCAGCGAGCUUAUCGCCGCACGCAACGAAAAGCUGGCCAGGGAGGCUGAAAAGGCGCGUGCCAAAGAGGAAGCCAAACGCGCCAAAGAGCAGGCGGAGGCAGCGAAGUGGGAGAAGGCCAAGGUCGCACCGGCGGAUCUCUUCCGCUCGGACGACAGGUACGCAGAGUGGGACGCCGAGGGCCUACCGACGAAGCUCAAGGACGGCAGCGAGGUGCCCAAGAGCCAGCUGAAGAAGCUGCAGAAGGACCUGCAGAAGCAGAAGAAGGCUCAUGAUGAGUAUCUCGUUAAGUUUGGGGGCGCCAAGGCAUGA